AUGAGUGUCACAAGUGUUACCCAAACGGUACCCAAAAUUCCAGUAGUAGAUUUCUCCCAAGAGGGUUGCUUGAAGCCAGGGAGAAGUUCUUGGCUCUCAGUACGUGGGAAUGUUUGCCGCGCACUCGAAGAGUUUGGCUGUUUCAUGGCAGUCCUGCCCAACAAAGUUUCACCUGAGCUUCAGGACAGCAUGUUUGGGACAUUAAAAGAGCUGUUUGAUUUCCCAAUUGAAACUAAAGCACAAACUCCGCAGGAAAAACCUGUAACUGAUGGUUAUACAUCUACGUCUUUCCAUGAAAGCUUGGCAGCUGGUACAGACAGUGAAAAAUCACGCACAUUCGAACAUCACUUUUGGCCUAAUGGAAAUGAUCAAUAUCGGUAUGGUUUUGUCUACAUUUGA